AACUUGUUUAAUCAAAUACGUUUCUUAUUCAACAGAAAUAGGGUAAAUAACAUCAUGAGCUCACUUCGGGAUAUUAUCAAACUCAUGCAUGAUGAUCGUAAAUAUUCGAACAAUACACCAUGCAUGCAACAUCACUGCCCAACUCACCCAAACUAUUGGCCUAGAAAGAAUGAACCUCACCGUUUUGUGAAUAAAAGCACUGUCUCCUACAUAGAUGUGCCUGUUUAUAUCAUAUGGGUUAGGAGAACGCAUGCACUACCUGUUUUUACCAUGUCUUGUUUUAGACUGUCUGUGUCUGUCUGCAAAGCUAUCUCCAGCAUCAGUGCUCAAUAUUGGUGGAGUAGAGGUGAAAAUCAGGAGAAAGGUAUUCAUUGGAAGGCUUGGAAAUUGCUCACCUUGCCUAAAGUAGAUGGAGGAAUUGGCUUUAAGGACAUCAGCUCCUUUAACAAGGCUCUUAUAUGUAAACAACUUUGGAGAAUUGUCUCUCAACCUGAUCUCCUGGUCAGUAAAGUGCUCAAGGACAGGUACUUCCCCUCUUGCUCCAUUUUUGAUGCCAAAAAAUCACAGAAUGGCUCUUGGCUGUGGCACACUUGGGUUGACUGCAUCCCUAUUUUAGCUCAAGGCCUCAGAACUGAAAUUCACAAUGGAGCUGCCACAAAAAUCAGUGAUAUUAACUGGAUUCAUUCUUUACCACUUGCAAAACCUGCUCUUUUUGAAAUAGCUCAAGGUCACAUUACCUGGGUUAAAGAACUUAUGCAGGACAAUGGCUUGGCUUGGAAUUCAUGGUUGGUGAAGAAUCUCUUCAAUGAGAAAGAUAGCAAAGCCAUCCUCAGUAUUAAAACUCUCAAUCCCUCAAAAAUGGACAGAAUUUUCUGGUGCCUUGAUAAGAAAGGAGAAUUUUCAGUCUCCUCCACUUAUGCAUACUUGAUAAACCAGAAAAGACUCCAACUUGAUAUUACUGUGAAUAGCUGCAAUACUAAUCUUCUUGCUAAAACCAGAAUCAGAACUUGGAACUUGUCUGUGAAAGGGACCAUUAAGCACUUCCUUUGGAAGUGCAUUUCAGAUUCUCUCCCUGUUAGCUGCAAUUUGGCUUUGAGAAAGAUGGAUGUGGAUGUCAUCUGUCAACCUUGUGGUGAGGCUCCAGAAACCAUAGAGCAUAUCUUUUUUCAUUGUCCUAGAGCCCAGAUGCUGUGGAAUAUAAGCCCUGUGAGCUGGGAUGGUAUUUGCAAUGUUGGCUGCAAGUUCAAAACAUGGUGGAGCCAUUUAUAUACCAUUAAACCUUCUUUGGUAGCUGAGGAUAGAAUACAACUCACAACCUACCUUCUGUGGUGGUUGUGGAAAUCUCGAAACUUGUGGAUGUUUGAAAAGAUCAAAAUACCUAUCCAUCUAGUGGCUGCUAAGGCUCAUCAGGCUUGGCUGGAAAUCAAAUCUGUUCGGAGAUAUCUUCGUGAUUAUUCAUCCAUGUCUUAUCCAGUCAGAGAUCAUAGUAACUCUACUUCGAAUCGCUUAAUAUUGGAUGAGCUAAAUUACGAUCGGAAGGCUUUAUCUGUAGAGCAUGAAGCACUUCUUAGUAGAAUGACCGACGAGCAGAAGAAUGUUUAUUCAAAGAUCAUGGACGUUGUUGAUUCUGCUAAUGGUGGUGUAUUUUUUGUAUACGGAUAUGGCGGGACAGGGAAUACCUACUUGUGGAAGAAGUUGUCUGUGGGGUUACGACCGAAGGGUAAAAUUGUUUUAUGUGUCGCAUCAAGUGGAAUAGCGUCUCUUUUGUUGCCUGGUGGAAGAACUGCACUCUCGAUUUCAUCCUGCGAUAUCGACCAGGCAAGUCCUCUUGCGGAACUUAUAAUACGACGCUCUCUCAUUAUAUGGGACAAGGCGCCGAUGGUGCACAAACAUUGCUUUGAAGCAAUAGAAACAUCAUUGCAGGCUAUUAUGAGAGCAGUUGACCCUUCCAACAGUAACAAGCCAUUCGGAGGCAAACAUGUU